AUGUCUAAAAAUGGAGACAUCAGAGGGUUCUUCGCCAAGGGAGCGCCGUCCAGGGCUCCUCCCCCGAAGGCAUCGUCUGCUAGCAGCGUAUUGCCUGCCUCCCCGCCGGCGGCCGAGCGGGCCCAUCAGCCAACACCUACACCUUCGUCACAGCUGUCGAUAGAUCUCCCGUCGUCGCCUUUCACACCACAGAAGCAGCCCGUCAAGACACCUCUGACAAGGGAUGACGAGAUCAGGGGCUCAGACGACGAAGACGAUGACUCGGAUAGUUCUCUCGAGUCGCUCGGGGAGCUCCUGGGACGUAGAUCUGGCCCGGCCACAUACCAGAGGCCUACGGCGUUGACGACUACUCCCAAGGCCAAGAGGAUUGCACCCAACAGCUUUCACCGGUCUCCUCUGACGCUGCAGCAGCAGCCUACUCACAAGUUCGACCUCAAGUCUCUCAUCAAGCAUGCGAGACAGGACGAUGCUACCGAGCAGAGUGCUCGACGAGCUGACGAGCUCAGGGUGAAGGCGGACCAAGAGGAGCUCGAAGCUGGGCGUGAUAUGGCCGACAAAGCCAGGGACGUUUUUGGCGGCGAGGAUGGGGAGAAGGGCGACAAGCUGGCCAGGGCUAUUGACCGCACAGUAGGCGACGAGUCUAGACCGCGCUGCUAUUUCUUCGCUCUGGAGGAUGAAGCAGCCGCCGCAGGCGCUGGUCCCAGGCGGCCGUUCCCCAAAAAGGCAGCCAAGGUCAAACCGUGGACCUUGUUGCAGGAUAGCAAGACCCGAGACCAGAUGUUCAUACGCGGGAUGGUCAGCGCUGUGGCUGCAAAAGGGAAGGAGCUGCCAGACGAAAUCUACCGGUGGAUCCUCGACGAGAUAUGUAUCGAGGAGAACCUUCAGCUGCGGAACCAGUAUAUCAGGUCGGCCGCGCUGUGUUGUGAUGACACACGGCGUCUGGUUGACGAGAGGCAGCUCUAUAAGAUGCUGGAGAAGAUAGGGGGCCAGAAGCAUGAAACCUCGAAGCAGAAGUUCGAGCUAUCGCCUGGGCUGCAGGACCCCUAUUCGAGGAGAGACUGGUCUCCUCUUCGUCAUUUCUUGCAACUACUGGCGGAGAUGGCGCCCAAUCUGACAUCAAAAAAUGCAACGAGCGCAGUGCAACUGCUUUUACGCUUAAGCCUCGACCCUGUGGUCGACAGGGCGCCGGGCGUUCGUGCCGAAUACGCCAAAGCCAUGGUCGCUCUAGAGUCGGCUCUACCUGCUCCAGAGGACCAGUGGGAUACAUGUUGCAAGAAGAUAUGCAAUUAUCUCCAUCAAGGUGUAGACCAAGUGACGCAACGCCACAUUGCCACCGUGAUGCUGCCGACCUCUACGCCUCGACUGGCUGACUUGCAGCGUAGGCUGGCGACAGUAGCCCUCUUCGACGACCCGGGCCUGGGCGCCAUACAUCCCGACGAGUCCGUCACCAUGCAGGACCUCUUCGCCCGCCUCGGGGCCAAGAAUUUCCGCGUAAGACACUCGACCGACUUUGACGAGCUCAACGCGCUCCUCUCGCUGUUCGACAUGGUGCUGGACCGCGGCUCGCAGUUCGGCCGGGCCUACCUGUCGACGACGCCUCUGCCGGCCCCCACGCCUCAGCCCAGGCUCGCACCGGCGCUGCCAACCCCGGCCUCGUCCACGUCAACCACGACGGCGGCGAGCACGGCCACGACGCCGUCGCCGCGGUCGGAGGCCGAGGCGGCGGCCCUGUUCGACGCCGACGUCGACCGGCUGCGCGCCCACCUCAAGGCGCUGCACGACAAGAUCGCCGACAACAGCCUCGUGUCCAGCAAGGUGGCCAAGGCGUCGCUCGACGGCAUGAUGAAGCGGCUGGCGUUCACGGUGCGCAGCCGGCCGCCGCCCAAGAGCAGCAUCUUCGACGAGGCCAUCUACGGGAGGGAGAAGGAGGACGCGCAUCUGCCGCGGCAGCGGGAUUUCAUGAAGAAGUGGAGCGCGGCGUCGAAGGGUGGCGGCGUAAAGAAGGAUGAAGCUGACGAUAACGAGGGCGCCGCCUGA